AUGGUUCAAAAAGAGACGAAACCCACGAAACCCAAAGAGGUCUCGAAAGACAGCAAGAACCCGAUCCGAAAGUCGAUCGAACGACAGAAUCCGAGGACUCCCGUGUUGAAGUCACCGGCGACGAAAGCGAGACGUACGGUGGAUAAGAAGGGGAAGUCUCCAAACACUCCGGAUAAGAAGAGUAAAGAGAAGAAGACGAAGAGUAAAGGGAAGGUCGAGGCGCCGACAGCAGGGAUGAAGGAUUCUGUGGAGUUGACCAACAAAAAAUGGUUCUGUGCGAAAAUCUACGAACGAGUUCCUUCUUCAUUUCUUGGAGAAUACACCGACUGUGAGAAGCCUCCAGUUGUUGCCACCACUCAUUACCUUCAUUUGAAUAAGGCCAGAUACAAAGAUAUCAUCUGUGGUGAGUCUACACGUGUCAUUCUCAAAGGACGUCCCCCAAACAAUGACUUUUAUCAUGCGAAUUGGGCUACAAUGCCAGAUGGGACCACUUACAUUGGUGCUCAAGGACCCAUGGAUUCAAGUCUUGAAGACUUUUGGCACAUGGUAGUCACUGAGCUGUGCCCGGCUAUUCUGAUGCUUUGUGACUUUGUCGAAGACGGAAAAGUCAAAUGUGUUCAAUACAUUCCUCUGGAGAAUGAGCAAUCGGCGCAAUAUGGGAUGUAUAAAGUGACGAGAAAGGAUAAGACCGUCGAGUUCUGCAAGGAUGUUGUGCUUAAAGUUUUUGAGGUCUCAGUUCCAGAAAAACCCGAGAUCCCAACCCACACUGUCCAGCACUUCCAAUAUCAGAACUGGCGUGACUACUCGGCUCCAGUGUCCACUUCCUCUGCUAUCACCUUGUAUAAGACUUUCAAACAGUUGAAGCUCAUAGGCCCGCCCAUCGUCCAUUGCUCUGCGGGAGUCGGCCGUACCUGCACAUUCAUCGGUUUGGACCUCGGGCACCAACGUGUCGGAUACUGCUCUACGUAUCCACCGAUCGAGUUGGUUCACGAGCUUCGAAAAGUUAGAGAUAAGGCAAUCCAGAGUACCACUCAGUACAUGUUUAUGGUCAUGUGCCUCCUGGAUAUUUUCAUUGAGGAAGGAGUUGCCCGUAGCAAGUGGUUGGAUGAGUUCGUUAUCGCUUACAAGUGUGAAAUGAUUGCGGCGGCGGAAAGAAGAAAGAGUUUGGAGGAGAAGAAAAAAGUCGAUGGAACUCUGACUACAACCACCACCACCACCGACUCCACAACCAAUACUCAGGAGUAG